UAAAAAAAAAAAAAAAACAAAAAAAAGAUGCCCAACUCCAAACAGUGCCCACCACCAUUUCUUUCACUUUCCCUUUCCCAAUACCUUUUUCCCUCUUUGUAUUUUCUUCCACACUUUUCUCCUUGCCCUUAAUCUCUCAAUUCGAAGAUUUCCCCCAAAUUUUUUAGUUCAAUUCCAUCUCCGGCGGACCCAAAAAUACCUUCCUUGCAGCUAAAGUUUGUUUCUUUUUACUCCCACAGCCCCACUCAACAACAAAACCCAUGUUCUUUCCGUUGCCCUGUUUUCGCUUCACCCGAGAUUCGCGUUUCCCGUGAGAUUCCCGCACCUAUGCGAAGUGGGUUUGUUGAACGGUUUUCAAUUUUCAAGUUUUCAGUGUCGAAAGGUGUAUUGAUUUUUUGAGAAGAAGGAGGGAUAUGUCGCUCGAGGUUGCGGCUGCCGUCGAAGAUGCGGUCGAAUAUUCCUUCGCCAUGGAAUAUCACGGCCCGCCGAUAACCCGUGAGCUGCCCCGGGCCGUGCCCAUCUACGUGGAUCGAAUUCCGGUGGCUGCAGUUGUUUCUCCGCUCCAGUUUUCGGGCAGCAAUUUUUCGCUGCCCGUUGCCCAGCCGAUAUCCUCCGCUGACAUAAUCAGCAAAAAGCCGCCGAGGAAUUUGAAACUGACCUCCUCCUCCGCCGAGUUACUCACCGUUUCUCCAACAUCGGUGAUUGCGUUCGAGUCUAGAAACAACGAGGUUAGUGAGGGUUCUUACAGUAAAGAGCUAGGUUUAGGGACCGAAACUAGCGUUUCGCCUAGCUCGGUUAACAAUGAAUUGGGGGAAAGAGAACCCCAAAAUUGCCACAGUACUGAUAUUUGCCCUUCCGGUGAGUUAAGUAGCGAUUUCGAUUGCAGUAAUCGUAGCGAAAAUAGAGCGAAAAAUCAAGAGCAUUCGUGCGAGUUUGUCGAUGGGGUUGGUAGUUCGGGGGCUUUACUAUGCUCUUCGGACAGCUUUGAAAAGUCGGGUGACUUCUCCGGUAGUUUGCCGCACUCGAUUCUAUCAAGUGGUUUUAAAGAGAGCCUAGAUUUCAACGAGUCAAACCGAAUGGAUUGGGAUUCUAACGAGUCAGUCUUGAGCGCGGAUUAUCUUUCCUCCUCGAGGGUUUCUUCGCGUAAGUUCGGAGAAACAAAUCAAGAAUCCGGCCGCGAUGCGAGGCGGGCACCGAUGGUGACAUUCUGCGAUAUCGAGUCGGACGAUGAAAUUACUAACGAGGAGUUUAGUCGGUCUGAAUCCGAGGUUGUUAGAGCUAAUAAUAAGAGAGAGCCUGCGGUUAAGGUAAGAAAAGGGGCGUGUUAUCGGUGCUUGAAAGGUAAUAGAUUUACCGAAAAAGAGGUGUGCAUGGUUUGCGACGCCAAGUACUGCACUAAUUGCGUGCUUAGGGCAAUGGGGUCCAUGCCCGAGGGUAGAAAAUGCGUGACUUGCAUUGGAUACUCAAUCGACGAGUCGAAGCGGUGCUAUUUGGGGAAAUGUUCUAGAAUGCUUAAGCGAUUGCUUAAUGAUUUGGAAGUUCGGCAAAUUAUGAAGGCUGAGAAAUUGUGUGAAGUGAAUCAAUUGCCUUCCGAGUAUAUUGUUGUGAACGGUAGCCCUCUUUAUCAAGAGGAGCUUAUUAUGCUGCAAAGCUGCCCUAAUCCACCGAAGAAGUUGAAACCGGGAAAUUAUUGGUACGACAAAGUAUCUGGUCUUUGGGGAAAGGAGGGGCAAAAGCCUGCACAAAUUAUUAGCCCUCAUCUCAAUGUUGGGGGUCCUAUUAAGGCGGAUGCUAGUAACGGGAACACACAAGUUUUUAUAAAUGGUCGCGAGAUUACAAAAGUGGAAUUGCGUAUGUUAAAGUUAGCGGGAGUUCAGUGUGCUGGGAAUCCACAUUUUUGGGUUAACGAAGAUGGUUCUUACCAAGAGGAAGGGCAGAAAAAUACGAAAGGCUAUAUCUGGGGCAAGGCUGGGACGAAGCUACUUUGUGCUGUACUUUCUCUACCGGUUCCUUCGAAAUCAUCUCAUCUUUGCGGUGAGCAAGUAACUAGCAUGGCUAAUCGAUCCAUGCCCGAUUAUUUUGAACAUAGAGCAAUUCAGAAGCUUCUGUUGAUUGGAUACACUGGUUCGGGGACAAGUACCAUAUUUAAACAGGCUAAAAUUUUGUACAAAGACACGCCUUUCUCCGAAGAUGAGCGCGAACACAUUAAAUUAGUGAUCCAGAGCCAUGUGUAUACUUAUAUCGGAAUCCUUCUCGAGGGUCGUGAGCGUUUUGAAGAAGAAAGUUUGAUUGGAUCGAGGCAAAGUCAGUGUGACGGUUCAACUCUUGCAGGGCAUGUUGAUGGGAAAAGUGAAGACACUAUUUAUUCGAUUUGUCCAAGAUUGAAGGCAUUUUCGGACUGGCUACUUAAAAUAAUGGCAUCUGGUACUCUCGAAGCAAUAUUCCCUGCCGCCAGUCGAGAAUAUGCCCCACUGGUGGAGGAGUUGUGGGGCAACACAGCUUUUCAGGCGACUUACAAGCGGAGAAGUGAAUUGGAAACACUGCCCACUAUAGCCAGUUAUUUCCUCGAGCGGGCUGUUCAGAUAUUGAAACCGGAUUAUAAACCGUCUGAUCUUGAUAUCCUCUACGCCGAACACGUUACUUCAUCAAACGGGCUUUCGUGUGUUGACUUUUCGUUCCCUGAGUCAGCAUAUGACGAUGAUACUGACAGUGCUGAUCUGCACGAUUCCCAACUUAGAUUCCAGCUGAUCAGAUUACAGGCAAAAGGUUUCGGAGAAAACAACUGCAAGUGGCUCCAAAUGUUCGAAGACGUUCGAAUCGUAAUCUUCUGCGUCUCUCUAAACGACUACGACCAGUUCGCAUUUGACGCCGACGGAAACUCGGUCAACAAGAUGAUGUUGACCAAGAAAUUCUUUGAGAACAUGGUGACUCACCCAACCUUUGACCAGAUUGACUUCCUAGUGCUACUAAACAAAUUCGACUCGUUCGAGGAAAAAAUCGAGCAAGUGCCUUUGAGCCGGUGCGACUGGUUCGAAGAUUUCCGACCGGUGGUGAGCCGCAACCGGGCCCACGCCACCGGUAGUGCGAACCAUCCGACCAUGGGUCAGUUAGGGUUUCAUUACGUUGCUGUGAAGUUCAAAAGGCUGUACGAAAUGCUUACGGGGAGAAAGCUGUAUGUAUCUUUGGUGAAGGGGUUGGAGCCUAAUAGUGUAGAUGGAGCGCUCAAGUACGCUAGGGAGAUUUUGAAUUGGGAGGAGGAGAGGCCUAAUUUUAGCUUGAGCGAGUAUUCGGUUUAUAGCACUGAGACGAGUUUGUAGGAGGGUUUUUCUUCGCCGUUUGUACAGAAAUUUGCGUGUGAAUUAGAAAGAAAGAAAGAAGGGUAAGUUAGAUUUCGAUUGUAAUGUGUUCUUGUUGGUCGAUCGAAAAGUCGGAGAUGCCAUUUGAGAAUUGUAGAUGUUUGUUUGUUUGUUUGUUUGUUUGUUUAGGUGAGUUUUUCUUUUAUGCAUUCUUGGUAGAUAGUUUACUACAAGCUGUAAAAUUAUUCCAGAAAUGAAAGCUACUGGCAAUGUUAUGUAUGUUUCAGGCACAAUUCGAGUUUUCAGAAUCC